AUGUUGCCCCAAGUUCAUCCCCUUCCCCCCAACACGCAACUUGAUCAGGAGCGUCUCGCGCUGGUAGACGAACGGGCCUGGACGCUACUUAGAGAUCCUGUGCGUGGAUACUUCGUCAACUUAGUGGUGCAAAUUUCAGCAGCCAUAUCCAUUGCGUUUCUUUGCGACAUGCCCGCCAGAGGUGAGCGCGGCAUGAUGGGGAGAUUUGAUUACGAGGAUGCGCUAAAGCGUCGCGAAUUACGCUGGGCACUUCAAGUGCGGAGACAGCGCGAAGACGAGUUCACGCACCGGCGGCAAGGGGCUGGCGAGCGCGCUGGGCUCGCUCGCUCGCUCGCUGCCCGCGCGUCGUCUCUCGUCGGCAGCAACGCUCCGGCGCAGCGGCUCCGCUGCGAAUUGCCAAUUCCUUCACUGCCGGCGACCGAAUGGCGCCCAUUCGCUGCGCUCCGUAAGCGUGGUGCGCCUGCGCCGCCCGCCAGCACGCGACGCGAGCACCACGAUCCGUGCCGCUGGACUGUCUGGGCUGUCUCGCAAGCUUUGGGCAGCGCCAAAUUCAGCACAUGGCUGCUCACCGCAGGCGACAGAUCGGUGCGCGUUUACAUGUCCGCCGGCCGGCAUCGCGUGCAGCAUCGCAUGGCGCCGACAGCCGCGAGCACACUGCCAGCCGACCAAGCAUCGUUGCUGCCAGCAGCAGCAGCAGCGUCGGGGUGGGACCAGACCUGCUUGCCCAGGUUCUCCUCACCGAAAUUUCACGCGCGAGCCAAAUCUUGCUAG